AGUGCCAUGCAGAAUGCACAGCACAUGGUGAAUUGCAUUGUAGUUAUGUACAGUACAACGGUUUCUCAUUUGUUAUCAUUUAAUAUUUAUUAAAUUUGUUUGAUUUUGUGUGUUAUAUUAACAAAAUUAGUUUGCAUAAAGAAGAGAAUAAUCAAAAAUGGAAAAUCUUCCAGACGAAAGCAGUGGAGAUGAUGGAUUUUCUCAACCAUCGACAUCAUCAGAUUCCAAAUUAACAGGUUUAGCAAAUAAAGAGGCUAGGCAAGCUGAAAUGUUGAUGAAGCUUCAGCUUAAAGCCGAGAGAAAAGAAGAAAGACUUCAACGUAAAGCUGAAAAGGAACAAAUGAAGCUCCAACAGCAAGCUGAAAGGGAAGAAAAAAGGCUUCAACUACAAGCUGAAAGGGAAGAGAAAAUGCUUCAACAUCAAGCCGAAAUGGAAGAGAAAAAGCUUCAAAAAAAAGCUGAAAUGGAAGAGAAAAGGCUUAAGCAUCAAGCUGAAGUAGAUGAGAGAAAGCAACAACGUCAAUUAGAUUCAGAAGAAAAGCAUCGUAGCAUUGACACUUAUGAUAAACAAUUACAAGAAAAACGCUACAAAAGUUUAAUGCAUCUUGUAAAUCAAAGUAAAUUUUUUUCCAAUAUUAUCAUGGACAAAUAUAAUGAAUCGCCGGAAAAAAAAUCAACAACUUCCACAAAUACAAGAAAAAGAAGAAGUCGUCGUGGUAAGCUCAAUGAUUCUCAGGAAAACGAUGAAAGUUUAUCACCCUCAAAAAAGAGGAAAAUGACCGAAAACAAAAAAGUCCUCAGGGAAAUUGUUAACAACAAAAUAAAGAAGAAAAAGAAGAAUAAUGCCAAUUUGAGUUCAGAAGAAAUCGCUGAGGCUCUAUUGGAAUCUGAUGAUGAAGAUGAAGAUAAAAUGGAAGUUGUGGAAGAUAAAAAGAAAUUCGUUCAUCCAGAAUAUUUUAUUGGCAACUUGCACGAUUAUCAAAAAGAUGGUCUUAAAUGGUUAAUACAUCUCAAUAAAAAAGGUCUAAACGGAAUUUUAGCCGACGAAAUGGGAUUGGGAAAAACAAUUCAAAUUAUCGCUUUAAUUUGCCAUCUUGUUGAAGUUAAUCAACCGGGUCCAUAUCUUAUUGUUGUUCCCUUAUCAACGGUACCAAAUUGGAUAAUGGAAUUUGAAAGAUUUGCUCCCGAAAUACCAGUCGUUCUAUUUUACGGUGAUCAAGAAAAAAGAAGUCAAUUGUAUAAAGACAUAAGAAAAGAGCAUAAAAUUGGUUCCUGUAAAACAAAACCCGUUGUUAUAACAUCAUUCGAAAUGCCCCACAUGGAAAGAAAAUUUUUAUCCACCUACAGUUGGAGGUACAUUAUCGUUGAUGAAGGACAAAGAAUAAAAAAUCACGAAUGUCUACUCGUCGAAACACUAAAAAAAAUCAAAUCGUUAAAUCGCACCAUACUCACAGGCACACCAUUACAAAAUAAUUUAUCAGAAUUAUGGUCACUGUUAAAUUUCCUUCAACCCGAUUUAUUUGACGAUUUGGACGUCUUUGAAUCAUGGUUUGACGUUAAAGAAUUAGAGACUAAGGAUGGAACGGCAAAAUUUUUAAAGCAAGAGGAGGAAAAAAAUAUUGUCGGUUCACUUCGUGAAAUAUUGAAACCAUUCAUGUUACGAAGAAUUAAAACUGAAGUGAAUUUAAAUAUUCCACAGAAAAAGGAAAUUAUAGUUUACGCUCCAAUCAGUGAAUUACAGCGUGAUCUUUACAAAGCCGUCUUAACUCGUGAUAUUCAAAGAACAAUUGAAGCAAAUCAAGAGUAUGCUCCUAAAGUAUUCGAUGGUGUACGACCAAAACGUCGAUGCACUUUUUUAAACAGUUACAAUGAAAGAGAAUUAGCUGAUACUUUAAAAACAAAUGAUUUAAAAGUAAGUGGCGUUUCUGAGAAUAAUGAUGUCACUAAUUUCGGAAAUAAUUAUAUAUUGAAUCAAAGUUUAUUGAAAGAGUGGAAAGACUAUACAGCGAUAACCGAAAAUAACGCAGAAUAUUUGGUUAGAAUGAAAUUUGGCAAUAGAGCCACAAUUUACAAGCAGAUUGUUAAUCAUCCUUACUUGGUCUACUAUCCCAUUGAUUACACUGUAAGAUCAAAACCAGAUGAUAGCAUUAUUAAAGUGUCAGGAAAACUUUCCCUCCUCGAUAAAUUAUUGGAAAAACUCAAGGAGAGAGGACACAAGGUUCUCCUUUUUUCAACAAUGACAACAAUUUUGGACACUAUCGAGGAUUAUUUAACCCUAAGAGAAAAUUAUCUUUACGUUCGACUGGACGGUGGCUGUAAAGUCGAUGACAGAACAGUUUCGAUUAAAAGAUUUAAUCAAGAUCCAAAUGUAUUUUUGUUUUUGCUCAGUACGAGAGCAGGUGGUGUUGGUCUUAAUCUAACGGCUGCUGAUACUGUCAUAAUUUACGAUUGCGAUUGGAAUCCACAAGCGGAUAUACAAGCAAUGUCACGUUGCCAUCGAAUUGGACAAACUAAACCUGUCGUUAUUUAUAAAUUAUGUACUAGGGGAACAAUUGAUGAAGCAAUAAUAAAACGCGGAGAGGCAAAACGCAAAUUAGAGAGAAUGGUUAUUUCCGAUAAUAUUGGACUACAAUUAAACAAUAAAGAAUCAUUAAUGAAAUUAAAGGAACUUUUGGAGUCGAGCGACAAUCUCAUGAUAUCAGAAAAUAUAAUCGACGACGAAGAAUUGAAUAAAAUAUUAGAUAGAAGUGACAUGUGCUAAAGCUGAAUAG